UCAUAUAAAAUUGUGUUCACCAAAAAAAAAUACAAUGGGAUGUAUAGCAGGACUKGUUAAACAUUUGGUAUGUUUGUUGGCAUUCCUCACAUGGCUCACAGGCAGUAUAAUAAUUGCGUACACGUUGUGGGCUUUGGGCACAUCAUCUAACAUGAAAAGGCUGUUUACCGGCACUUUACCAUUGACAUAUGUUGGACUCGGCUUAGGGAGCUUACUGUUUAUCAAUGGCCUGUUAGGGUGGAUGGGCUCAUACAAGCGAGGAGGAUGUAUGCUUAAAAUGUUUCUAUUUUUCUGUGUUUUGACGAUUGCCGCCGAAAUCGGAGGAAUAAUCUCUUUAAGCAUUUUGAAGACCAAAGUCUCAGAUAUUGUUGAACAGGGUUGGGAUGAAGUCAACCAACGGACCAGAAAUCUAGUUCAGGAACAGCUACAAUGUUGCGGUAUCACUGGUUUGGCCGAGUUUGCCAAUAAUACCGAUCCUAUCGAUGAAAGCUGUUAUCACAUUGAAUAUAAAAUAAACGGUACAUCAGUGGACCCGAAAAUACCCGAACGGGUGCCCAAUAGGAUUGGUUGUAAACCUCAAUUGGUUGACUGGAUAUUCAAACAUAAAAUGUAUUGGAUUUCAUCGUUUGCCGGUUUUCUCUUAUUUCAAGUUUUCACUGUUUUAUUAACCGUUUCCGCAAUUAAUCACUUGAAAGUCAGAAGCUCUUCAAUGGAGUCCUUGGAUGAACACCAGACUAUAACUUAUAUGUAAUAAUUAAUAAUAAUAAUAA